AUGUUCAAGAGCGGCAUUUCCUCCUUCGCCCGGGCGGCUCGCCCUUCCUUCGCGGCGACCGCUUCCCGUCGCGCCAUCAGACCUUCUACUUUCAGACUCCCUGCCACCAGCAGAUUCGCCAGCACCGCCGGUGUCGGUGAUGGAAAGAUCUACCAGGUCAUUGGUGCCGUCGUCGACGUCAAGUUCGACACCGCCAAGCUCCCUGCUAUUCUGAACGCCCUCGAGACGACAAACAACGACCAGAAGCUGGUCCUGGAGGUCGCGCAACACUUGGGUGAGAAUGUCGUCCGCUGCAUUGCCAUGGACGGUACCGAGGGUCUCGUCCGUGGCCGCCCUGCCACCGACACUGGUGCCCCCAUCACCAUCCCCGUCGGCCCGGAGACUUUGGGCCGUAUCAUGAACGUCACUGGUGACCCCAUUGACGAGCGUGGCCCCAUCAAGUCCAGCAAGAGACUGCCCAUUCACACCGAGCCCCCCGAGUUCAUCGACCAGUCCACCACCGCCGAGGUUCUCGUCACCGGUAUCAAGGUUGUCGACCUGCUCGCCCCCUACGCUCGUGGUGGAAAGAUUGGUCUCUUCGGUGGUGCCGGUGUCGGCAAGACCGUCUUCAUUCAGGAGUUGAUCAACAACAUCGCCAAGGCCCACGGUGGUUACUCUGUCUUCACUGGUGUCGGUGAGCGUACCCGUGAGGGUAACGAUCUGUACCACGAGAUGCAAGAGACUUCCGUCAUUCAGCUUGAUGGCGAGUCCAAGGUCGCCUUGGUCUUCGGUCAGAUGAACGAGCCCCCUGGUGCCCGUGCCCGUGUUGCCCUGACUGGUCUGACUAUUGCCGAGUACUUCCGUGACGAAGAAGGACAGGAUGUGUUGCUCUUCAUUGACAACAUUUUCCGUUUCACCCAGGCCGGUUCCGAGGUGUCUGCCCUUCUGGGUCGUAUCCCCUCUGCCGUCGGUUACCAGCCCACCCUCGCCAUCGACAUGGGUGGUAUGCAGGAGCGUAUUACCACCACCAAGAAGGGUUCCAUUACUUCCGUCCAGGCCGUCUACGUCCCUGCUGACGAUUUGACUGACCCUGCCCCUGCCACCACCUUCGCUCACUUGGACGCCACCACUGUCUUGUCCCGUGGUAUCUCUGAGUUGGGUAUCUACCCCGCUGUCGACCCUCUUGACUCCAAGUCUCGUAUGCUGGACCCCCGUAUUGUCGGCCAGGACCACUACGACACCGCCACCCGUGUCCAGCAGAUCCUCCAGGAGUACAAGUCCCUCCAGGACAUCAUUGCCAUUCUGGGUAUGGACGAACUUUCCGAGGCCGACAAGCUUACCGUCGAGCGUGCCCGUAAGAUCCAGCGUUUCCUGUCGCAGCCCUUCACUGUCGCCCAGGUUUUCACUGGUAUCGAGGGUAAGCUCGUUGACCUGAAGGAGACCAUCAACUCGUUCAAGGCCAUCCUCAGUGGUGAGGGUGACAACCUUCCCGAGGGUGCCUUCUACAUGGUUGGUGACUUCGCCUCAGCCAAGGAGAAGGGUGAGAAGAUCCUUGCGGAUCUGGAGAAGAACUAA